AUUGAUUUUUUCUAAGUCAUGGCCACUGGACAACUGUUCUCUCGUACAACACAAGCGUUGUUUUACAACUACAAGCAGCUUCCUAUACAGCGGAUGCUUGACUUUGACUUUCUUUGUGGUAGGGAAACACCAUCAGUUGCUGGAAUAAUUAAUCCUGGUUCAGAGGGAUUUCAAAAGCUCUUUUUUGGUCAGGAGGAAAUUGCCGUCCCAGUUCAUGCUGCUAUUGAAGCAGCCUGUGCUGCGCAUCCUACUGCUGAUGUGUUCAUCAAUUUUGCAUCAUUUAGAAGUGCUGCUGCAUCAUCCAUGGCUGCUUUGAAGCAACCGACAAUCAGAGUUGUUGCUAUUAUUGCUGAAGGUGUACCUGAGUCAGACACUAAGCAAUUGAUUGCGUAUGCUAGGGCAAACAAUAAGGUUGUUAUUGGCCCAGCCACUGUUGGAGGCAUUCAAGCUGGUGCUUUUAAGAUAGGUGACACAGCUGGAACCAUCGACAACAUAAUUCAGUGCAAGCUCUAUAGGCCUGGAUCUGUUGGAUUUGUUUCUAAAUCUGGUGGGAUGUCCAAUGAAUUGUACAACACUAUUGCUCGUGUAACUGACGGAAUUUAUGAAGGCAUUGCCAUUGGAGGAGAUGUAUUCCCAGGUUCCACACUUUCUGACCAUGUUUUGCGGUUUAACAACAUACCACAGGUUAAAAUGAUGGUGGUCCUUGGGGAACUUGGUGGGCGUGAUGAGUAUUCUCUUGUGGAGGCCCUAAAACAAGGGAAUGUGACGAAACCAGUUGUUGCCUGGGUUAGCGGAACCUGUGCACGACUAUUCAAAUCUGAAGUACAAUUUGGUCACGCUGGAGCUAAAAGUGGGGGUGAAAUGGAAUCUGCUCAAGGAAAGAAUCAGGCACUAAGAGAUGCUGGAGCCGUUGUUCCCACUUCAUACGAAGCUUUUGAAGCUGCAAUCAAGCAAACAUUUGACAAAUUGGUUGAAGAAGGGAAAAUCACACCUAUUAAGGAGUUUACUCCUCCACCAAUCCCUGAGGACCUUAACACUGCAAUUAGGAGUGGAAAAGUACGUGCUCCUACUCACAUUAUUUCCACCAUCUCUGAUGACAGAGGUGAGGAGCCGUGUUAUGCUGGCGUACCCAUGUCUUCCAUUAUUGAAAAGGGUUAUGGUGUGGGUGAUGUUAUCUCUCUUUUGUGGUUCAAACGCAGCCUUCCGCGUUACUGUACUCAAUUUAUUGAGAUAUGUAUCAUGCUAUGUGCCGACCAUGGUCCAUGUGUCUCUGGUGCUCACAAUUCUAUAGUAACAGCAAGGGCUGGGAAAGACCUUGUCUCCUGUCUUGUAUCAGGUUUGCUUACAAUUGGUCCUCGAUUUGGGGGUGCCAUUGAUGAUGCUGCUCGCUAUUUCAAGGAUGCAUAUGACAGGAGUCUUACACCUUAUGAAUUUGUUGAAAGUAUGAAGAAAAAGGGCAUCCGUGUUCCCGGAAUAGGGCACAGAAUCAAGAAUAGGGAUAAUAAAGAUAAGAGAGUCGAGCUGCUGCAGAAGUUUGCACGCACGCAUUUUCCAUCUGUGAAAUACAUGGAAUAUGCUGUUGAAGUUGAAAACUAUACCCUCACCAAGGCAAAUAACCUAGUUCUAAACGUAGAUGGUGCAAUCGGGUCACUUUUCUUGGAUCUCCUUGCUGGUAGCGGAAUGUUCACCAAACAAGAGGUUGAUGAAAUUGUGGAGAUUGGCUAUCUGAAUGGGCUUUUUGUUCUGGCACGCUCCAUUGGGCUGAUUGGGCAUACCUUCGACCAAAAGAGAUUGAAACAACCACUCUACCGCCACCCAUGGGAGGAUGUUCUGUACACAAAGUGAGGGGCUUUUGUAUGACUAGAAGAACUUUUCCAUGCUUUAAAUCAGCUAUCGUUUAGGAUAUCAUGCAUUAUGGCGAUUUUUUUUUAGCUGUUAGACUAGUGUAUUUCUAUUGGUUUCAGCCAUCUUCCAUUUGUAAGUUGUAUUAAAAAAUUGUUUAAGAAAUAACUUGGUUAAAUUUAAAAAAUUUCUUUUUGCCUUGACGAAGAGCAUCUCUAUUCUAUUAUGGAUUCAAAAAGAUCGUUGGGUCAUUGACAUUCCUCGUACACACGGUAGGUGCAGGUAGCAAAAGAAAAUUGGCCAUGCUAGUAACGAAGCUCAAUUUUCUGGUAUUAGGAUUACAUAGGAAGGAAUUUCAAAC